CAGCACCCACAGAAAGGUAAAAAACACAUUCAAGAGGUGAAUACCCUAAAUUUGCCCUUCUCCUUCAUGUGUGUGGGUCUCUCCACACACAGCACCCUCUUUGGGGUGCCCUUACCAUUCUCCUCACCUAGCUUCUAAUUAAUCCUCAAAACUCUGUGCAUGUGUUGUGCCCUCCAACAAAAACCCUCUUCUCUCUUAUCUCCUCACUUCCUCUGUGGUUUCUUCCAUCACAGCAGUAAGCACUAUUUAUCGUUAUUAAUACAUAAUGCAUUUUUCUACUUGCCUGACUGUCUCUUUCAUUAGCUCAUGUGCUCCUGAAUCUGAGGUGACCAGCAUCUGGCCCCAAAAAUUUACACAUAAAUGAGUAAUUCAUUCAAGUCUGUUUUUGGAACUCACAACAUUACUAAGUAUAUGGCAGCUAUUAUACCAGUUUUACAUGGCUUAUUUUCUCCUAAGGAACUAAAAUCAUAGCGAUUCAAAUACGGAGGCUUCAGAUCAGGAAGAAAGCACUCAACCCAUCUUAGAAAGUGAUCAGUUCCUCAAAACUGUGAGUUUUGAGUCACAUUGUUUCUUUAAAUAGGUUUACUCUUCCUGUGUCUACAGUGAUGUUGAAAAUAGAUGAAAUAACAGUCUCAUUUACACUGCGCACAAGAAGUUCAUCUUCCAGGCCCCGGGUUUCUCUUUCCCAGGGCUCAGAAUCCUUUCAGGGCCACCCCGGCGCUCCUGGGAGAGGAGAAGCGGACAAAAGCCUCUGAGCCUGGGAACGAGUGCUGCCUCUGCUCUCAGCAGGAGCGCCAGCGCGGAGACCUGAAAAGAUGGUGCUAGAUCUUCUGGGAUAUUUUCCUCUCCUGCUAAUGUUGCUGGGACUAUGGAAGCCAACGUGUCCACUUUGUGCUUGGCCUCAGUCUCUCACCAAGGCUCACUGGUUUGAAAUUCAGCAUAUACAGUCAAGCGCUCUCCAGUGCAGCAAAGCAAUGCGUGGUGUCAAUAAUUAUACUCAGCACUGUAAGCCUCAAAAUACCUUUCUGCAUGACUCCUUCCAGCAUGUGGCUGCCGUCUGUGAUCUGCCCAACACUGUCUGCAGGAAUGGCCGGAACAACUGUCACCGGAGUCUGAAGUCGGUUAACAUGACUCAGUGCAGUCUCACUGCAGGGAAGUAUCCCGACUGUCGCUACAAAGGUGCUGCCCAAUACAAGCUCUUCAUUGUUGCUUGUGAGCCCCCCGAAAAAGGCGACCCUCCCUAUCGGUUGGUUCCAGUACACUUAGACGAGACUCUUUAGAGUUUCCCUCGCUUGCCCUUCACUAGCCAUAGGUUCUCUUUCUUUUGUUGAUUUCCCUGAUUCCCAUAGAAGAAAGAAGGAAGGUGGAAGAAUUAGAGUUCUGAGGAUACCAGACCAGCACUGGGACAAAAAGAAAGAGGAUUCUUUUCUGCUUUGGAGUUCUGUGUGUUUUGAAGGAAGACAAGAGGAAGAAGGAAAUGAAGAGUGCAGGCCUCCAAUAUGUUUAAUCUAAGAACGUCUGCCAAGCUUUGCUGCCUUGUGAUCACAGCAAUAAAAUCCCUUUCUGGUGCAUUCUAAU